CAUAUACGGAAAAAACCGACGUUUUCGUGUUUGCAGUGUAAGGAUGCCACUGUCUUAAAUAUACAUGUUAAAAACUAGUAAGCACUAUUUCUAUGGUUUACUAUUUCUAUAGCAGAAUAUGCAGGUACAAUUUACUGACGAAGAACUGGACGAAAGGUUUGGUUUAAAUGCAGUAAAGUCACAUGCCACAUCUUAAUGUCAUUCCAUACAAUAAACACUUGCGACCAAAUACGUAUUCAUGGUGAUAGUGUUUACAGAGAUCGAGUUUCUGUGCCAGUUAUAUAAUGAUAAACUUAUACAGCCUUUCAAAAAGCAAUAAUUCAUUAAAUAAAAAUUGAUGUAAUGCUCAAGCCAUAGCUUCGUCACGUCCUUAUACGAUAACAAUAAAAACGUGAAUCCAUACACUUUUAGGUUAAUCAUAUUGGUUCUACCAUGAUGUUAGCCUGUUCUGGAUUCUGAUGUGGUCAGUCAAACUGAAUCAGAGGUAUCAAAGGAGUGUAAGUUGUCUCGUACGAAAGUAUCAAUAUAACAUCAGUCGGUAAAAUACUUCGAACAUUUAUACCAUCAAAUCUAAGUGGACUUAACAAAUAAUGAAUAAUUAAUAUUUCGGUGUGAAAUGCAAUUAAAUUGGUUAUGGACCGCGAAAUAAUGCUUAAUUUCACAUAUAAAUCUAGUAUGAAAGGUUUUUAAUGCUGCGUUUGUUGCUUUCAACUGUCGUUUGUUUCGUGGCGUUCUUGUACAAAAUCCCACCCCUUUCAUAUUAUCAUCGUUGAAAGCAAAGAGUUCAUACGCAAUUCUCACUAUGUUCACAUAAUUAUAUAUUCUCUCAAUUAAAAACAAAGUAGUUUUGUUUCCAAAAUAACACGAUCUAUUGUUGAAGUUGCCAGAAUACUUAUAGAUAAAUAGUCAUUGGAUUUGUCAUAGUGAGUCGUAUAUAGUGUUUCCAACAUCACUCUUAUUGGAACAAGAAGUAUAUUGACACUGUAUUCAUAUAUGAACCGUUCACAUUUAUUUGUAGUAAGAUAACUAAAAACGAGUCAAGAGGCGUCACUCUAUUAUCUAACAGAACCCUAAACGAAUUAACAGACAUUAAAACGGUAAGUUUUCGAAAUAUAAUCAAUACCCCAUUCUACAGUUCAAUAUUUCUCUAGUGCAUGCUCGCCUCAGACUCGGGUUUAGUUAUGUAACUGGUCAUGUAUAAGAUUUAUAUCUGAAUGCUUGAUGAACACAACGGAUCCAAUUCUGUUUUAGUGCAUGGAAAUUACAGUAAAGUUAAGAUCUACAAUAACUGGUUGCGAACUAGUUACAGUUUUAUAAUUUCCCUGUAUCAAGAAGAAAAGAUUUGGCAUAAUGCUCAGGUCGGCAAUUAAUGGUUGGCAGUUUUAUCUCUUUCUAGAGUGAUAGCUUUCAUUAUGGAAGAAUGAUAUUUGAAUUUCACACUUUCUAAAGUGACGGUUAUCUGAAGAUUGUCAACAUAUUCAUCUUUUGAAUUCCGAUUACCCUCACGUGUAUCUUAUCAUAACAUUUUACGCAUAAGUCUUUAUUGGUUCUCGCUAUUGGUGAAAUUGUGCCGUCUAUGUACGACUAUGAUAUUUUUAAUAUAUCAUAGUUCAAAAGACGUUCUCGUCAACUACGGACAUACCCAAUGUCGUAUUCUCGUUAUGAAAAACCUACCUCGCAGUCGUGAAAUGGUAUCAAGGACACUAAACUAAUUAAAUAUUUUAUCUGGGAGUGGUAUAGCCGGAGUUGUACUGAGACAUUUCAGAAAGUAACAUACUCUCGACUCACAUUCACUUUCGACAACUUAGACAGUAGUUUCGUAUGGUAUGAAAGCAACUUCUAAAUCUGUUUGAAAAAUCGCAAAGAAAAGCUGUUUACAUGUAACGCAUUGCCAUCUAAUCUACAUCAUAUCGUCAAACAAGACAUUGUUUUCAGCUUUCAUUAAUCAAUAUCUUCUACGCAACAUAACAUCUACAUGGGAGAAGUAAAAUGAUUACUUACUUAUUCAGUUGUUAAUCCGGCCCUCUCCAGAAACUUGACCAGUUUCUUAAUCUACGAUGAAUGGCAACUUGAGCAGGCAGCUGGGCAAACACAGGAAUGUGAUGAUUGUUGAAGCAUACCAAUCAGGGUAUACUCUGCCGCUGAGGAGAACGUGUCAUAUAGCACCAAUGACCUACCACGUGACAUAGCGAGCAGUCACGUGAUAUGUUACGCGCGAGAAGUUAAUUCCAUGGUGUGCAAUAGUCUUCAUUCCAAACUGACGCCAUCUUUCAGUGCUUUUAUACAAACAACAUUAUAUUUUAUUCAUUUAGUUUUUACUUACCUUUUUUAAAUAAAAUUCACUUUCUGUGAAGCAGACGUUAAAUAAACGAAAGAAACAACUCAUUUUAGUAUCUGAAGUAAUCCUUAACUUAUUAUCUUAAAACUCACCUCUAGUUUUUACAUAAUAUUCAGUUAGAUUAUUUACCAUAUCUUGUUUUGUGUUUGUACCCGUCGGGCACAUCCCAUUUGUGAAGCCGAUGUUGAAUGAUGAUGUGACACUCCCACUCCAAAUAAAGGGGAUAAUAGAAUAUAAAUAUUUCAGAUAACACUUACUGUUACCUUUAAUAAAUCUUUUCCUUGUUGUUGUUUUUAAUGAAUAAAAAUAGCUUUUUGGGGUGAUUUUUUUGUAUCUAAAGAUAGUAACCCGGCAUGAUGAAAGGACAAUGUAUGAAACGAUGAAACAGAAGCAACAUAUAUAACGGAAUACGGUUGGUCCUUAUAGCCUUCUGUUCUAUUUGUAGGAACAGACUAAGCAAGAAUGCUUCGCUGUGAACUUAAUUUUUUCAGUGAAACCCCUAUCAAAAUACUACCCUUGUUUCUCUUUUCAAAGAUUCUAGUUUUCACCUGUUUUGUCUGGUUUAAAUUUAACAGUUUUUAUUCAGAAAGGCCAUACGCCUUUCAUACGACAAUUCACUGCAAUAAUGAUGAGAAAAACAGAUUGAGUUAUAUCAUUGUAGAUACAAUUACUGGUAGCUGCAUAUUAUAUUUUGGCACUAUUUACCACGAAAAGACCAAAUCAUGAGCAAAUUUAACUGAAAUGUAAAGUGGCUACUCUUUAUAUUUAUUUUCUUAUCUUCCUUGUCUAUAAUCAUAUGACAUUGCCUAUGAAAUUUGAAUAAAUAAACAAAUAUUUUGUUUUCCCAUACCGACUGACGAUUGUCGUAGAACAAAGAUCGUUUCUACAAUAGAGGGCCUCAUUAGUAAUAUUUGAACUAAUAUAUUAUAUUUUGUAAACGCUUUUGCUGGCUGUGACCUAGGCAAACCAUGAUGUUUUUAGAAGAAUCUGCUUUGUUUAAAUCACAAUCACUGAUCCAAACAUGUGCGCCAAUAUGUUAAUCCUUCAAUAAGAUUAUCUUAUCGUGAGAAGAAAGGUGCCGUUUAUGAACUGUGCGUUGCGACUCAACGUUCAACUGAAUUGUGAAAACAUUUUAGUAUUGGGCAGAGACGUCCACAUUAUACAAAUUCUCACUUCCGUUUAAAAAAUCCAAAAUGCAUAUAUACUUAGACGUCUGAUGGCCAGUUACGUUUGAAACGCGUUGAAAAAAGGCUGUUCAUUAUCUUGGAUCGACUUUUUGCAAUGGAAGAGGCAUCACUGCAUGGAAUUUGGUCAGAGUCAGGAGAAAGCUCAGGUAAGACCAAAUAUCUACAUAUUUAUUUAUGUAAAGACAUCGGUUUAUUUCUGUGUAAAUCACCAUAUAGAGGAGAUACAUUAUCGUUCGAUAUUAUUAUAUUAUGCAAAACAUCACACAUAAGAUUAUGAAAUGUUUUCCCUUUCUGAGAUAUUGCUCAUAUCUGACAAAUAUACAUACAUUGUAAAGGAAUCGUUUAGUGCCAUAUACAUGAAUAUAGAAAUGUAAUGACUACUCUAUUAACAUAAGACGUUCGAUAUAGAGUUGUGAACGGACCUAACAAUUUACAUCUACCAUCUUUUAUUAUCUCUGUCGCAGAAAGCACACUUCGUUGUGAACUGCAGUGUUAUAGUGAGAACCUUUGACACAGAAGACAAUUAUUUCUAAAAUAUGUUCUAAAAUAACGUAUCGCUUUACCGUAUGCAUGUACAUAGUAUAACGUUAGUUGUUAUCUAUUAGAUUUUUGAUCCCCGUACAUUGCUAAAACUGCACAAUGCGACACCCGGGUAUACGACUAUUAAAAAACCUCCAAUACAACAAUGUUGAUAAACAAAGAUUAUUUGUGAUAUCUACAAGCAGUGUCACAAUAAAACUGAAGAUUUUGAUUUUGUAUCGCCUAUGAAAAGUAAUUUAUUCUGCAAACAUGCAGUGCCACGGAAACUCUAACUAUCUUUUAUUAAGAAGCUGCAUAUGUGUUAUUUCGUUUAAACAAUUUGUAACUACAGUUUGAAUCCCCUUUUUAACAUGGACAUAUUAUACACUUGAUGAGAUUGUUUGCGCGGCUCAGUUCUCAGUUCACAUGUUUGACAAAUGGCACUAUAAAACGUUGGUAAAAAUAUCAAAAACAGCCUUUUUAAUUUGGAAUAGUAUAUGCCCAAUGACGGUUUGGCAGAAACCACAAAAAAGUAUAGAUUGUCAAUAACAUGUCGCACAUACCGGGCCCUAGUUCAAGAUCAAAGAUAAUUGCCGCCUUGGAAUGUCUAGCGGAAUGAUUGACACCUGUUAUCACUGUAAAUGUCUUGUCAAGGCUUGACUAACGAUGACUCAACGCCAAUUUAAAGAGGACAUUACCACAUGUUUAUUGAUAAACAUUGAGAAUAACCAUAGACAGUAUGGCGCCGCUUAAUUUGACUGUCUGCCGCUUUCACACUGAUUUGACAAUAUGCAUAGGUAACACGCGUUACUGCCGCAUGAGUUUGUUAUUUUCUAUGAUGGGUAGUGAUACGUGUGCGAUUUAUUUGCAAUGAAACUUAGCCAAUUCUCUAUGACAUCGGCAUUUGUGCACGGGAACCACGGCGUGUAUGUUUAUUUCUCUCAAAUCGUAAACGUAAUUAUUAAUUACUACAGUCACCUACUACAAUAUUUUGGGUUAUUUGUCAUUUGGAUAUUUUCUUAAUAACUUAAGACAAAUAAUUGAUAUAUGAAUUAUUUAUAUUAAUAUGAAUUCAGGCUCUUGAAAUAGAGUUUAUUAACAUCAUUCCUCUAUUUGGCUGGCAUUUUGAGUAGAUUGUUCUGACUAAAUCUAGUUCCACCAUGCAAACUACAUGUUUUCCUCUGAAUUUAUAAUCAGUAUCUCUUCAAUUGUAAUUAUUCUACCUGCGUUUUAUGUUAUAAGAAAACCGAACAGUUAUCAUCAUUCGAUAGGACAAAGGCUUAACUAUGCUUCUUACCCAAACUACCAAACUAAGUAUUCAGAUGUGUGACCAUAUCCCUACAAACACGCUAAAACCAAGCAAUCCCAUUUCACUUACAUAUUGUUUGAAACACAUGCUAGUCAAUCGCAAAAUACUGAUUCGCAUUUUAGAUUCAAGGUAAGCAAUGCAUUAUAUACUUACAACAUAUUUAUCAUGUUCAAUUUAAGGAUCCGAAUACCAGAUCGACGAGGAGGACAAGAGUGACACAUCGUCGGAAUUUGCCACCAAUUACCAGAGUCCAGUCAAGCGCAAGAACAAAAUCUUGAGACAAAGGGAAGAAAAUGGAAAAAAGAAUAGAUUAGGAAGCGGUCCAGUUGCCUCAUCUACACCUAUGACAAGAGUUUACGACUUUUCAGAUGGAGAAGAUGACGGUCAGGACUUACUGAGAAGAGCCUCAAGCUGUAAGAAACAAGCUGCAAUUCAAGCUGAGACUCCUCGUAUGAGACAAGGAAAGUCAAUCCCCUAUGCGGAAUUUCUCCAACUCAUGAGGGUCAUGGAAGGACGACUUCACAGGGCCAUUACAGAUUUGAAGGGCGAAGUCGGCGACCUUAAAAAGGAAAUUGGAAACUUAAACAGCGAGGUUAGAGACCUCAAGAGCAAACUUACUGAAAAGAAUACACAGGUUACCGCCCUAACUGCAAAAGUUACACGUUUGGACAACAGGGUCCAGGAACCAACACAAACUUCUACCAAAUCCAGCAAAGUCAGUACAAACAUAAGGGCAGCAUUGAAGGCAGCGAUCGACCAUGCUGAAACUGAGAAAGGGUGGACUAUGGAGCCUAUGUUCACGUUGGAGUCCGCACAGAAUCGACAAGUUGUCAAAUACAUCUGGGACUUUUCUAAGGUGAUAGCUCCAAGCAUGACAAAACAGGAAUUUAAAGAUGGUAUGACCAGGAUCAUGUUAACGAAGAAAGAGAAGCUAUCCCGAACACGUAACGGAAAAGAGAAAGAACACACGGACGCGUCCAGAAAGAAUUCAAGGAAACUGACGAAAAGCAGAAACCGUGUAACUGGCAUUGAAAAAUCCGAACUACCUCAUCACACAAGGACCAAGUACAUUCGAGUAAUGAAAAAAACGCAGCUCAUGUCGUCAGAAGAGAGUUCGGUCGACGAGGAUGGCAACCGGGUCUUCAAUGUGAGAAGGAGGGACUGGGAGAGUCAUGAAAUGAGGGCCGCUAAAAAAGUGGCCGACGAGACAUUUAGUAAAACAACCAAGACAGCAGCGUCCAUCGUACCACGGACGAGACGAAUUACAGGUGUCUCGUCAUUUGCACCACCUCCUGCCUGGUUGCAGAAAGAAGACAGCUGGGUCAGCUCAGCACUGACAUACCAUGGAGUAGUUUAGAAUCAUCAUCAUUCAUAUCCUCAUCAGAACAUGCUUACUUACUUACUAAAAGGGGUGUUUUUAUAGGUUAGGAAUUUUAGGGUUUAUUGGCAGCUUGUUUUUUGUCCUUUUUUUUAAAUGCGGCCAAGUAGGCCUGGUUUGAUUAGAUAUAUGCUUAGUGCUUCAAAGGUUUAAAGUCAUGUAGGGGGUUCAGUACAGUCAUGUGAUUGUUGCAAUUUAGUGAGGAUUGGAGUGUUGUUUGGUCUGUGUUGCUGGUAAUGUGUUCCAUAAAGUAUUGAAUAGGGCGCUCUAAAUGUAAAUGUCACACGGGAAUAAUACGUGUUCGGGCGUUUCUUUUUAAGUUGCAGUGGGGGUAUUUACCGGUUUGGUGGUUUUUUUAAUUAGGUGUAGGUGAGAGCUUAACUUAGUGUGGCCUGUUUGUAGUUUGGUUAUUACUCUGUCAAUGUUUUUGGUUUUAUGAUGGAUAUGUUUUUUUGAGUGGCGUUUUAGUUUGCAAUCAUAUUUCUGAUUGUUAUUUUGCCGCUAUUUUCCUUUGAGAUACUUUUAACUUCUUUUUUUUUAUUUUGGUAGGUUGAUGCUUGGGAUGCUUACUUCUUCUAAUUUUAGUGCUGAUUUGGCUGCUUUGUCUACAUGUUCGUUGCCAAACACCCCAACGUGGGCAGGGAU